AUGGGCCAAAACUUUCUUCGUCGGCUGCCCGCGCAUCGAGGGGCCAGUUGCCCGUUGCGGUUCGCGAUGUCCAAACGCGAAAGUAAAAGUUUUCCCAGCCCGGUGCUGAUAAUACUGCUGAUUAUCGCCUUGAAGCAGGCGAAGUCGGAGGAGUCCUCGAACAAGGAUCUCCCGCAGGCCAAGUUCGAGUGGCCCUCGUUUGGCUGGAAUCGGAACAAGACCACCAAGGUCACACCCUCUCUGGAUCUGAAGAAUGACUACAGUCAAAUGGAGCUGGCCAACUUCGGGGACUUUGAUCGCCAUCCCUGCAGAAGAGUGUGCCAGCAGGGUCAAUCGCAGAACUGCUAUUACCAACUGGUGGUGCACAAUUACCAGAGACUAGGUCCCGAGUGUCAACGAUGCCAGUUUGAUGAGCGGGCCUGUGCCGCCGAACACUGCAUUUUCGGUGAUGGAGUGGCCAAUCCAGUGAUGGCUGUCAAUCGCAUGGUGCCAGGACCUCCCAUAGAGCUGUGCGAAAAUGAUACAGUGGUGGUGGAUGUCUUGAACUACCUAGGUGAGCCCACAACCAUGCAUUGGCAUGGCAUCCACAUGCAGCGCACUCCCGAAAUGGAUGGAGCCCCCUUCGUCACCCAAUACCCCCUGCAGCCUGGCGAGGUCCAGCGCUAUGAGUUCCAGGUGGAUCGCAGUGGCUCCCUGUGGUACCACAGCCAUGUGGGCUGGCAGCGAGGCUUUGGCAUAGCUGGUGCCUUGAUAGUUCGCCAGACGCGACAGGAGAACCAGCACGCGCAGCUCUACGACUACGAUCUGAUAGAGCACACCCUGAUGAUCCAGGAUAUCUUCUACGAGUACAAUCUCCAGGACGUGCGUAAUAUCCUGGUGAAUGGCAAGGGGCGCAAUCAUCUCAGCCAGCUGCCGGAUAAUGAUAACCGUCAUCGCUACGAGAGACUCAGGGUUACGCCUGGCUAUCGCUACAGAAUGAGGGUUAUCCUCAAUGGCAUAUCCAACUGCCCCGUGGAGUUCUCCAUCGAACAGCACAAGCUGCUGAUCAUCAGCACCGAUGGCAACGACAUAGAGCCCGUGCUGGCCGAUGGCUUCUUCCUGACCUCCGCCGAGCGCUUCGAUUUCGUUUUGGAGGCCAAUCAGUAUACCAAAAACUAUUGGAUCAGGGUUCGAGGCUAUGAGCAGUGUGAGGGUAGGAAUCUCUACCAAGGAGCAGUGCUCAGCUACCGAGGAUCGACUCGCUCUGAGUUGCCACAGGGUGAUAUCCUGGAGAAGCAGAAGAGCAGGUCCGCAGAGGAGGAUCUAGUGUUGGUCAAUGAUUUCCGCUUUAAGCCAGCCAAUGCUUCUACCAUAUCUGCCCUCCGUCAGUCCCUGGACAAGGAUAACAAUGUGGGCACUGUGGCCCUGCGUUCCGUGAAUCCCGUUCCCUGGAGUCGCUACACCAAGUUCCUGACCUACUACUCCAGCUUCGGUUCGAGAACGGCUCAGAACGGGGAGCUGCUGUUCCAGAUCAAUGAUAUUUCUUACAACUCCCCGGGCAUAUCCCUGCUGCAGGGCAGGCACCUAUACCAGGACGAUGGCUACUUUUGCAAUAAGAGUUCCUUGGCUGCCGAGGGAAGGAAUUGUGAGAGGGAGAUCUGCGAGUGUGUUCAAGUGAUCCGACUCCCGGCCUAUCGACCCUUGGAGAUGGUCGUGGCCAACUACCUGGACAGCACCCAUCCCUUCCACAUACAUGGGUUUACGUUCCGUUUGGUGGGCCAAGGUGUCCUGGGAAAUCUCAACGAUCUCCGGAAUAUCCGGGAACUUGAUCGCAGGGGAAGACUUCCUAGAUUAUCGGAUGACAGGGCUGCCGUGGCCAAGGACACGGUUCAGAUUCCGGGACAGGGCUACAUCAUAGUUCGCUUCCUCUCAAAUAAUCCCGGAUUCUGGCUAUACCACUGCCAUGUUGAGGCACACGCCGUCCAAGGAAUGGUGGCGGUUCUAAAGAUCGGUGAGGAUCAUCAGAUGAAAAACAUUCCAGCACGGGUUCGCUGUUAAACGUUUUCAUUAUCAUCAG